GGAUCAAGCAGUGAAUCACGCAGAGCAAUUCGUCGCUCACGUUCUACUUGCUGAGAAAAUUAUGGAGCGCUUUUGUGCACUCCUAUGCCUGGCGGGGAGCCUGGCGCAGUGCCACGAGGGCAGCUGUCGCAACCAGGGCUCCCUGUUCCUGCAGAAGGAGAUGGCCCGCGUCGCGCAGCUGGGUAUGGAAGAGGAGGUGGCCGAUCUCCUGAAGGAGGGCCUCGGCACGUCCAACCGCUCCCGGGCCCGGGACGCGCGCUUCCUGCUGCGGGCCUCCUUCGGGCCCACCCGGGCCACACUGCGAGAGCUGGAGCACAUGAGCUAUGGUGCCUGGAUCCAGCAACAGAUGCAAGUGCCCCCAGAGUAUUUGAGGCCGUUCUAUCGCGCGCGGGUGAACCCCUGGUACGAGGCCGCUGAGGAGGCCAUCUCGGACUUCCGGCCCCGCACCGCCUGCGCGGUGGGCUCCCGAUGGCACGUCCACGUCUUCACCUUUGAGGACGUGAAGAAGCAGGUGAAGAUCCAGUCCAACCAGAUUUUGGUGGACAACCUGUUCCGCUCGGACGUGGCGGUGGGCGUUCUGGGCUCGCGUUGGAGCGGGCUGGAGGGCUACGUGGGCUACGUGUGCUUCGUAGAGGAAGGUGUUGGCCAGGACAUCCACAUCUCCACAUCUUCGGACUGCAGUGGGAAGCAGGCCAUGCCCAAUCCGGCCAUCCACCUGGUGGAUCCCGCCAAGUAUUUGGUCACCGCCCUGCCCUUCAGCCACGCGCCCUGGGGCUCCGGAACGUUGCUGCUGCAGAACUACUCAGAGCCCUGCGAUUUGGAGGGCAAGGACUUUAUCCAAGUGCUGGGCCGGUUCUACGCCUUCGACUUGCGCGUGGAGCUCAAGGACAACACCCCGCAGACGCCCAGCUCCACUGGCUCCGAGGUCCCGAGAUGCGUGGCCGUGACCUUCCUGAACGGCGCCAGCUGCCGCACUGAGCCGCUGGCAGAGGGCCCCAUGGUGCCAGGGCUGCUGGCGGAGGUGCACGACCUCUUCGGCACAAGGGACGCCUCCUUCAUCAGCGAGACCGGGAGCAUGCCCACCUUCUCUUUCGUGGACGACCAGAUCAGCUACGGCUCCACCAGCAGCCGCUGGUGGCCCACCAUGGACGACGACUACUUUGCGGUGAAGUGGUCCGGCGAGAUGGCCAUCCAGACCGCUGGGCUUUACACGUGCCUGGGAG